UCUUUUUCUAUAGAAACCAGUUUAGUUUGCUGGAGGGCCAUUUUUAAUCUGAAGUGAACCACCCCUUUUGCUUUCUUAGCAAAUCACCAAAAUGUCCAGCUAGAUCAAGAAUUUAGCAUCCUGCAAAAGAAGUUAACAGCUGAGUGCUAGUAAGGAGGAAGAUUCUGAAAUGGAUUCCAAAUAUUUCAUCUUAACUUUGUUUUGUGGAUUCCUGAACAAUAAUGCGUUUUCCUCAGAGACGAAGGCAAACACAACAAACAAAUGGGUACAACCUACAACAUCUAGCUCAUCAAUAUCAAAUAUCUUGGCCAAUUCUGAAAGUACAACAGAAAAUCAUUCGACUUUACCAACGGAAUUCAACAACUUUUCUGCUGAACAAACACUGUUGCCAUCCAAAGUCACUGGUGAAGAACCAACACCAGCUGCCCUAAUCUCUUCUGCAAAACCUACAGCACAAAGUUCUGCCCGACCUCCACUUACAUACAACACCAUCAAUCAAGCCACACCAUCGACAGCCAACACCACCUCUGCACAAACAGCAGUAUCUGAGUUCACCUCUGUUAGAAAACCACCAACACAAUCUGUGCAUGCCUCUCCUCGGCAAGCCUUAUUGUCUGCGCACACCUCAUCUUCAAAACCACUACCACCAACUACACAUGAUCUAUCCACACAACUAACACCAAGUGUCCAAAAUCCACCAAGGAUUACACCAGGAUUCACCUUUCAUGCUACCACUAACAAAGAAACCUUACACAAGACCAAUUCUAGUUCAACAGCUGCCAUAUUAAUUGGUAUAAUUCUGACCUUUAUGCUGAUAGCAAUAAUUAUCAUUGUACUUUGGAAAUGCAUGAAAAAGCCAGUUUUAAAUGAUCAAAAUUGGGCAGGUAGGUCUCCAUUUGCUGAUGGGGAAACACCCGAUCUAUGUAUGGAUAACAUUAGACAGAAUGAAGUAACCUCGAAACGUACAUCGAUUGCCUCACUCAUAACUUGGAAACCGGGCAAAAGCACACUUUUAGCAGACAAUUUAGAAAUUAAGUUGUUUGAAUCAAAUGAAAACCUCGAGAAUUCUAGUAACUCCAAAAUAGACACAACAAAAGAGCACGUAAAUGAUGCUUCAGAGGACAGUGCUGACAGAUCGACAAUUGGCACUGCAGUUUCUUUAUCGGAUGAUGCAGAUCUGCCUCCACCACCUCCCUGUCUUGAUUUGGAAGGACAGGAGAUGAACCAAUCUGUCACACCCAUAAUGACAACUGCACCUCCUCUUCCAGAUGAUUCUGAUGUUUUCCCAUCACCUGUGGACUGCCUCAAUCAAACCUGUGAAGAUCAUAAACCUUCACCUCUUCCUGACUCACUCAACUUGCCCUUGCCACCAGAUUUCAUGCAAAGUCAAGAUUUCAACAAUGACAAUCAAUGUCAAGAGUACUCUAUCCUUCUUGAUUCCAAUCAACACCUUAACGAAUCCUUGCCACUGCCACCAGAAGAACUGUUCUAAGCACAUAUGUGCUUUUUAGUUGGUCGUCCACCCUUCUUACAUGACUCCAUUUUACAUUUUUCUUUCACGUGAUGAAUUACAUAAAAUAGCAGCUAGCAACAA